ACAAAGGAAAUGUUCCAAACCAUGCGAUAAGGAAGUGAUAUUGAUAUUAAAGUCAAUAUUUAUACACCCUUUUUAACAUAGAAGCGGACAUGUUUUAACCUGUGAAACAAUUUAAGGAUUUUGUAAGGUAAAACAUGGCAGUCCCAGGAAAGAAAGGAUCAAAACAGUUUUCAUCAUCGACAACAUCCAUGGCAUCAGAUGAAGAUCUUCAAGUUUACUGCCAGCCUUGUGAUGAGGAAGGAACUAGACUCCCUGCCCAUGGUUACUGCACUGAUUGCAAGGAACACCUUUGUAAGACAUGUUUUACAGUCCACCAAAAACUUAAAUCUACCAGACAUCAUACAGUUCUAGAUGCUAUAAGUAUGCCUAAAGUUUUGCAUCAACCCUCAACAUCCAUCCACAAAAGCCCGUCUGAUGAUCUUACAACACCCUGUUGUAAACAUCCUCAAGAAAUAAUGAAGUUCUACUGCAAUGGCCAUAAAAAUUUACUUUGCAGUGUUUGUGUUACCCUUGAACACCAAGCUGCUAUCUGCAAAGUUGAUUAUAUACCUGAUACUUCUGGUAAUAUAAUAAACAGCAAAGAAUAUCAAGUUAUCUUGCAAGCACUUAAUACCACUUUUGAUCAGUAUCAACAGAUGGUAAAAGAUGUCAAGGAAAUGACGGCGAAAUCGAACAGAUCACUAAAAGAUGCACUAGAAGAUAUUAAAAAGUUUCGGGAAGAAAUAAACCAGAGACUUGAUGAACUGGAGAGACAGGUUGUGCAUGUAGCCAAGGUCACAGAACAAGAAAAUAACUCAAAUAUCACAGCAGUAGAAACAUCGUGUGAAGAAGUUACAAAAUCUUUAAAGAUAUCUUCAGAAAAAAUCAAACAGCUAAACACAUCAAAACAAGCUAAUACACUGUUUAUGGAGCUUAAGCUUGCAGAAAAGUUGAUGGAAGAUGUUGAGAAAACUGCACCACAACUUUCAACAUAUGAUGUCAAAGAGCACCACUUUAAAGAAAAUGAAACAUUAUUAACUAAGCUUAAAACUGAGAAGUCACUUGGUAUAUUGACUCACAAACCCUUACAUAAAGAAUGUCAACCUGUACAAAUAAAGUCUAGACAAUCUUCACAUGAGGGAGAAAUCUGUGUGAAGACAUCAAAAGAUGAAUCAAGCUGCUAUAUAACAGGAAUGACUCUGCUGACUCCAGAUCUUCUUAUCAUCAAUGACUUCAAUAACAAUGCUGUAAAGAUGGUGGAUACCAGCAGUCAAUCUGUGUAUGAUCAACUACAACUAGAUGAUGGACCAUGGGAUAUCACCACAAUAACAAGUACUGAACUUGCUGUCACAAUUCCUUACAAAAAGACAAUACAGUUUAUAUCAGUUUCAUCAAACAAACUCAAAAAGAGGCACACUUUGAAGGUUGAUAAGAAAUGUUUUGGUAUAAGCUGUUAUCAAGGUAAACUUGUUGUGUCAUUCCUUAAGCCUACAAAACUUCAGAUCCUUGAUAUGGAUGGCACUAUACUGACAACAUUUGAUGGAAAAGAUAUUUUCAUGUUUCCAUAUUUUGUCACAUGUAACAGCAGUUCUAUCUAUGUAUCUGAUUGGUGGAUGAAGACAGUGACAAGAAUGAACUGGCAAGGUGAUGUGAUAGGUACUCGUUGUUGUACUUAUAGUUGUAUGAGUGAGCUUAAAGGAAUGUCACUGUCAGAUGAUGAUACUCUCUUUGUGUGUGAUGAUGCAAGGUGUGUUAUAGAAGAGAUAUCAGGCGACUGUUCAACGGGUAAGGUGGUGUUGGAGAAUCUGAAAGCUCCCUAUACUGUUUGUUGGUGUAGUGAAACAAAGAAGCUGUAUUACAGUUGUAACUCUUCGAAUGAAAGAAUUGCCAACUUUCUAAACAUUAUAAACUGUGAUAAAUCUUAUACAAAUGUAUUAUAGGAAAGAUAAAAAACAUGUUUACCUGUAAAGUUUGCAUUAAAAAGGCUUAAAACAACAAUGUGCACUGACCGUUUCUACAAAAAAGAGAGACUAAACUUGCUACUUCUUAGCCAUACACACUGAGUCAAAAGCAUUAAUAUCCAUAUUAUAACAAGCAAACAUUUGUAGGACGUAUUUCUAAUGACAGUGACAGAUAUUCCAAUAAUCACAUUUGUAUGGCAUUUUUAUAAAAUUUUCAUUUGCAAAUUGUCAAAUCUUUUAAGCAAAAUUUUAGAAAACAUGAAAUCAAUGAAAUGAAAAUUUUUAUUUACCAUGAUAUGCUUAAAGUGAAUAAAGCUAGAUAUUUGCUGAAAAAUUAAUGUUUGAAUUUUGUAAAAGAAUACCAAUAAAAUACCUUUCUGUGCAUGCAUAGAAUCAAAGCUUAAAUGUUAAAGCUGUUAUGCCUCAUAUUUGCAUGUCAAUUUUUUACAGAGAAUUUUAAGCAUUUUACAAUUAUCUUCUUUAUAUACUCUUUAAAUAUAUUCUUUAAAUGUAUAAUGUUUUAACAUUACAUUUAUCUUUUGAAGUUUUUACUUCCAAACUUUUAUAUAAGAAUCGCAUACUUUGGAUUAAAGUAUUGUUGAAAAUACAGAUAGCCAUUGUAAAUAAAGCUUUCAUAUAUUCAAGAUGCCAAAAUCUACAUUUUUACAAGAACAUGUCUGAAAACUCUAUUGUUAACCUUUUCAAUAUUUGCUAACUAGUUGUCAGACCAAGAUAAAGCUAUUUUAGUUGUUGAUAUAAAUCAAUCUUUAAAUAUUAUUUUAAUAAUUUCAAACAGAAAAUUGUUUAGGUCAUUUCAUGGAGUACUGGUUCUCUUUUUCAAUUAGGUGUAGAUGAAUUCUUACUUCAUUUAUAUACUUUUCAAACUCUCAAAUAGUGGUUAGUGGAUAAUUCCU